AUGAGAUUAUCUGAGAUCAUCCAUAGUAUCUUUACGAUGUGUCCAAUCCCGGGCCAUUUCCUAUCAAUGGCUCCUUGCAUUGCUGCUGUCGUGAUGGCUUGGCAUCAUCAAUCCAGCUUCCAACAUUUCUUCCUCACCGUAAAUCACGUCUCUCUCUCCCUCUCGUCUCAUAGUCGAUUCUUCACUGAAUACUUGACAGCAACAGAGAGAACAUCAACAACUGAAUGCUGCAUUGUGCCUUGUUCACAUACAGGCCAUCCUCAUGUGAUCCGAUCGCAUGCUCUUAUCAACUGGCCCACCUUCCGCAAACCAUCGGAGUUCCUCCCGCUGAAGAUAGAAACACUACUCUGCGCGGAGUAG